GCCCAGAAGAGGGUGUCACCUGGGCAAGCCCGACGACGUGUUGAUUCCCAGGAUCGCCGCCUUCCCGGGUCUGGGCCUCCGAGACCCGAGCUCGAUCGCGCUCACCUGUUACCCAGGCGCGGCCCCGGGGAGCCCUGGGACGCUCCCGGGACCGACCUCACCCUUCAACUCCACAGCCAUGAGCAAGUUGGGCAAGUUCUUUAAAGGGGGAGGCUCUUCCAAGAGCCGAGCUGCUCCCAGCUCCCAGGAAGCCCUGGCUCGACUUCGGGAGACAGAAGAGAUGCUGAGCAAGAAACAAGAGUACCUGGAAAAUCGAAUCCAGAGAGAGCUCAGCCUGGCCAAGAAGCACGGCACGAAGAAUAAAAGAGCUGCAUUACAGGCACUAAAGAGAAAGAAGAGGUUUGAGAAGCAGCUCACUCAGAUUGAUGGCACACUUUCCACCAUUGAGUUCCAGAGAGAAGCCUUGGAAAACUCACACACCAACACGGAAGUGUUAAGGAACAUGGGCAUUGCAGCAAAAGCCAUGAAAGCACUUCAUGAAAACAUGGAUCUGAACAAAAUAGAUGAUUUGAUGCAAGAGAUCACAGAGCAACAGGAUAUUGCCCAAGAAAUCUCAGAAGCAUUUUCUCAACGAGUUGGAUUUGGCGAUAACUUUGAUGAGGAUGAGCUGAUGGCAGAACUUGAGGAACUGGAGCAGGAAGAAUUAAAUAAGAAGAUGGCAAAUAUCCGACUUCCAAAUGUGCCUUCCUCCUCCCUCCCAGCACAGCCAGACAGAGUACCAGGUCGCAUGUCUAGCACGUCCUCCUCUGCACAUCGAUCCCGAGCAGCAUCUUCCAGGAGGGCAGAAGAAGAGGAUGAUGAUAUCAAACAAUUGGCAGCUUGGGAUACUUAAAACAGAAUUUUUGGACACCGAAAUUAAUGAGCUGUACAUAAGACACAAAAAAUGUUUUUGCCAAAUAUAGAAGUUAACAAAGAUUCUGUUUUAUAUUUAUACUGGAUGAAUAAUUGUCUUUUAAGCCUCAUAGGUAAAAAUUAAAAAAGGAGGCAUGUGUAGGUUUAGGAUCUGGGAUGGAAUGGGACUUCCUGGUAGCAUUUUGGAGGAUCUCUCCAUACUGAUGGGAGGGGGCAUUCUACUUUGUUCACUAUUAUAUUAUUUCCAGUCCUGGCACAUAGUUGGUACUCUCUAUAUAUUUGUUGAAAGAAAACUGAAUUCU